AUGUUCUAUUCAGAGACGCUGCUCCAAAAGAGCGGCCCCUUAGCCCGAGUAUGGCUUUCAGCCAAUCUCGAGCGCAAGCUCUCUAAGACGCAUAUCCUCCAGUCUGACCUCGGUGAGAGUAUCGAGGCGAUAUUGACGCCGAGCCAAGCGCCGAUGGCCCUACGGUUAAGCGGUCAACUGUUGCUUGGUGUCGUCCGAAUCUACAGCCGAAAAACACGUUAUCUGCUAGAUGAUUGUAACGAGGCUUUAAUGAAAAUCAAGAUGGCUUUCCGGUCAAGUGGAAACAAUGACAUGGUUGCCAAUUUGAACGUGUCUAAUCGCGAGGCGCUACUCCUUCCCGAUCGAAUCACGCCGUACGACAACCUAGAUAUCCUUCCCCCACCAGAUGCUGCGUGGCUGCUCGCUCAGAUGGACGACGUCACGGCAACACCAAUGGGUCGAAAGGGCCGCGUUAACAACCGCGACAUCAACCUUCAGCAAGCUUUUGACAACAGCCAAUUUAUGCAGUCAGGAAUGGAAAAGGAGGAUGAGCUCGCUCUGGCCCCCUUGGACGAUGGUAUUGAACUUGAACUGGACUUUGGCGAUGACAUUGAAGAGCGCCCGCGAAAUGUUGACAGGUCGAUUGAGAUGGGUCGAGAUGCCGCCGCACCAAUGGAUGAUGAUAAUUUCAGCGAGUUGGGCCUCGGAAUUCGUCCUGGCAAGGAGGGCGGUGACCGAGAACCAUCCAUCAACCUCAAUUUCGAAGAUGGCAUCCGGAUCGCCGAUGAGGAAGGAGAUAUUCAGAUGGGAGACGAUGACUUGCAGUUCAACAUGGAUGACCAAUCAGCAAUGCCUACAGGGCUACAUUUUAGCCGUCAGAGGAUCUCCGAAUCUCCCCUGUCGGAUAUUGACGAAGACCUUGCCCGGGAGGUAGAGGAGGAAGUUACCCGACACAACCAGACCGAUCUUUACGAACCGACAGCCGAGGAGGACACGACAAUUGUCCGCCGGCCAACCCAGAGAGCGAAGAAGCAAAAAGUUAUCCUCCCCGACGACCAGACGAUGCUCACCAGCUCCUACAUCAAGGAGCAACAUGCCAACCGCGAUAACAUCCUCAAGCCCCAGACCUUCCUUCCCAAGGAUCCGUACGUUGUUGCGCUCAUGGAGAUGCACAAGAACGGCGGCUUCGUCACCAACUUCAUCCUCGGGGGACGUGGAUCGUCUUGGGCCCCAGAGCUCCGCACAAUGCUGUCCAUUACGGGAAGCAAGCAAUCCAAUGAGCUCAAACGCAAGAGGGAUAGUGGAAUUGCGGACAUGGAUAGCGACCACGGUAUCUGGAAGUCGCCACGACUUGAUGUCGAUGAUGACGAACAUCUCCUCCUUGGUGGUGAUGUGGAUGCUGGCAACCAAACCGUUGGACCCGAUGGCACGAUCCUAGAGAUCCCAGCUGACGACCAGAUGGAUGACGGCCUCGAACGCGAAGGCAGUCCCAUGCCCGCAUUCGAUGAGACAACAGCGCCUCUCGUCCACCCCGCUGAUAGUGGACCAGUGUCUAUCGGCACCAAACAUGCUGUGCACAUCUUGAGAGACAUCUUCGGACCUGAAGCGGAACACGAUGCCGAGAAGCGGAAGAAGACUGUCGUUGUCUUCCAGGACCUUCUCCCCGAGGGCCAAACGACAAAGGCCGAUGCCACGAAGAUGUUCUUCGAGUGCCUAGUCCUCGCCACCAAGGAUGCGAUUAAGGUGGAACAGGGUAGCGAUCUUGGCGCACCCAUCCGAGUACGCGGAAAGCGCGGUCUCUGGGGUGAGUGGGCCGAGAGGGAAGCCGGUGGGGAGGUGGCUACGGAAGCCGAAGAGCAACUACCCGCCCCUGCAGCCGCCCCUACACCGGGACCCCAAAUCCAGCAGCCACUGGCCGUCUCUGUUGAGUCUUAA